UUUCCAUUGAAAUUUUCUUCCGUUCCAUUCAUAAUUGGAUUACGAAAUUCCUUCGUUAUCAGUCCUACAUUUUGUUUGAGUGAUCUCUUUCAUCUGUCGUCCGCAUCUGACAAAGUGUUUUUGUUCUUCUUCGACAUGUCUUGGAGGUGUUGUGUUUCUGGUUGUGGUUCCGAAGGAGUACCUUUAUUUGGUAUUCCAAAAUUUAAUGAAAGUUUAAAAACUGCUUUGCAAGAAAAAAAAAAAAGGAACGAAGAAUUGUUUGGCUUCAAAAGCUUAACGUGAAGGAAUGUGACUUAAACAACAACACUCGUGUUUGCUCUCGUCAUUUUGCAUCUGGUAGGCCAUGUAAGAAUUCUUUCAAUAACUCUCACCCAGACUGGGCCCCGUAUAGCGCAGGAUGUCCAAAGAACGUCCAUUUUAAGUCCCCACAUCCCAAUCGUAUCCCAAUACGUAACGGAUUUAAAAUGGACAUCCGUCGGAUUUGUGAUAUGGGGAGAGAAAUCGACAUGGAAAGGUUACAUCCAAUUAACAUCCCACAAAGAAUUUGAAAAAGACUUUAUUGUGGGAUGCAAAGCGUUCAUUGCAAAUAUUAUAUUCUGCUAUAAAUAUUUAUAAGAAAUAUUUUCUUUCUAUAGAUUUUUUAUCUUGUCACUAUUCAGUUUUUGGACUUAGAACAAUUGCAUGCCCUCAUUGGACGAUUCAGUGUGAUUCGAACAUUCGAUAUCGAUCAAUAAUAUUGAUCGAUACUUUAUAUAGUCACUCAUUAAACAAAGGGAAAAUAUUGAUUACAUUUUCAUAAAAAGAUUUUUUUUUUUUAGUUUACUAAAUAACAAUUUUUUAUGUAGAUAAUUCAACUUUUUUCUAUUUUGGAAAAAAUUAAAAAUUAAUACGAAUUUUGGCAACAUGUUUCUGUAUUCGUCGAAAUCCAGACCCGCCAUUACUUGUCGUCUUGUCUUCGAGCGGGAGUGUGGUACAGUCACAUACUAUCUUUAGUGAAAUUUUUUAGACUUUCUGUGUUGAUUUUGAAGUGAAUUUUCUUCAAAUAAGUAACUCUUUUCUCGGAUAAUUACACUGCGAUUUUUUCUACGAUAUUUCAAAGAGUCCAUGAUUUCCUCAUGAUGGCGGGUGACUUUGAUAUAUCUUCUAAUUCAUCGUCGAAUUCUUCAUCUCCAUUUCGUUCCCCUGCAGCAUCAACGUCAUCAUCACGAUCAGUGAUAACCAAAAAACCUAAAUUUGCAAUGGUCGAGGAAAUCACUGAAGAUGUUGAUGAUGUUGACAAGUGGGUGGAAGUUGUAUGUGAGAGUUGGUUUGAUGGUGAAUACUGUUUAUUUCCUCCGAAAAGCAAAGAAAAAUAUAUUACGACUUAUGUAAAAACAUGUCAUCAACCAGACUCAAGUUGGGUCAAAUAUCCUGCAAAAUUAAUCAAAACAUAUGCAUCUUACGAUGAAGCAAGACAAAAACUCAAUAAAGCAGUUAAGGGGGAUGAUCUGUGUACAACCGACGCAGAUGAAAGGAAAAAAACCAGAAAAUCGCGAAUGUCAAAAUUUUCCCGAGAAGAUAAAAAUGAAGAUGAUGACAUGGCAAUCAAUCGUUCAAAGAAAACAUCCUUUAAAAGAAUUCGGCAAUUCCCGGCUAGUGGCAGCGAAGACGAAAUGGCGAAUUCUCCUGUUCCGCCAAAACCACCAGCAAUUGCAUUAGCCAAUACCAAGCUUUCCUCACAAAGCAAUCUACAAUCUCAACGUUCUUGCAUCAAAAGAACAAAAAGUUUGCCAUCAAACAGUAAGAAGCCAACCAGAAAUGAGAAUGUGAGAUGCUUUCCUGAAAAGCAAACAGGUUUGCGAGAUACAACUAGCAAGCCAAAUUACUCGUUUAAAGACGACAGCGACAUACUUUCGUUUUCAGAUCGAACUCAUCAUUUUUCCACCCGAUAUCGUCCUGUAAAUUACGGGUAUUCUGUUCCAGAAUUUGGAGAUGAAGGCGAAUUUCAGUCAAAGGACACUGAUUUGAACCAGUCAAACAGUAAAAAUCCAGCAAACACCAGAAUUAAUCAUGCGAGACAUGGAUCUGAAAAGCAUAGUUUGCAACCUAAUACGUCCAGCAACAGCAUUGACACAAUUGAAGAUGAUGGUAAUAUUUCCAAAAAUAUUCAAUUACCGUUUUCAGGCCAAGCUGUGCAUUUUUCUACUAGACAUCGUCCAGUAAAUUACGGUUACUCUGUUCCAUCAUUAAGCGAUGAAGAAGACUCUACGGACACUUGGACUUCUGCUACGGAACCUGAGAAAGCAAAAACCAAAUCGUUUCAUGAAAGUGACACCAAUCAUUCAGUUACUAAAGCAAAAUUAGCGCUGUCAUCAACAAGUAUGGCAGGGAAGUCAAAUUCAGACAAAGGAAAGAGUUUGUUACCAUCAUCCAAUAAUAAACAGCAAAAAGUGCUUGGUCAGGAUCCCAGUCAGCUGUUUCUCAUCGUUUCCCCAAUGACAAAGUGGCUUGUGAAUCCCAACCCCAUUAUUCCCUUUACGACAAUGACAACGCAUCUCCGAGAUCCGAGCCAUAUCAUUCCCGGUACGACAAUAACAAAGCGUCUGCUGUUUCUCGAUCUCAAAACUCACUCAGAACCGUUAAAUUUCGAAAUAAUGAAACUUCGUCACAACUCUUACAUCGAGGCAUAGUCAAAGCAAACUUUGGAAUCCAGGAUAAUCAGAAGUUAACAAGUGGAUUAUUUGAACGAAUGAAGUGGAUGGAUUUGGCUCUUCAAAAGAAAAUUUUAAAUGAUGAGCCAGAGCCAGAUGGUUUUAAUUUCGAAAUCUUCCCUCUCACUUCAAUGUUGGAAUUUGAAGAAGUGAACGACCAGCUCAAGCCUUUUCAUGCUCGAAAAUCUUUAAAAGAGAAACUUGCAGUAAUUGGAGGAAAAAGUCCUGCAAGUGUAGUGAGGAAAAUCCUAAAAAAGGUUCUGGAUAAGGAGUUCGGCAAGCAAUUUAGCUGGUACGGGCGAAGAGGAAAUUGCAGCUUGGGAUCCUCUCUUCUUGGAAAAAUAAUACUAGAAUCCGCUACUUCUAGUAAGACGUUACCCAUAACAGAAACAGACGCCAUUGACGCAGCAAUGUCUUGGCUUCGCCAUUUAAAGGAUAAGAAGACUAACGCUAAUUGAAACAUCAGCCCUAUCAACCGUGGUUUCCUCGAUCAACCAAGAACAUUACAUUUUAAUUAUUUUAGUUAUGAAUUUAGGCGAUUUCUUUAUUCGUUGUCUUUUCUUUUAAUUAACACAACUAAAUUGCAAUUAGCGGUUUUCGUGUUGAAUUUAUUCUGUUUGUAUUUAUUGUAAGAAAUACAGUUUCUCGGUUUUUA